GGUGCGGGCGUCAAAGCAGUCACCUUUGUAGCAAUGCCAGAUCCAUUGGAUGUAUCAUCUUUCACGCGAAUUGCUUUGUAACUAGGUGGAGUCAGUUUGGUGGUUUCCAGUUUUGGUUUGUUGAUUUGGUACUGUUACUUUUGGGUUAUUGAGUGUUUAGCUGAAUAUGGCCGAUACGGCAGCAGAAGGAAUUGAAGAUCUUCAUAUAAAUACACCUGAAGAUGAGAUUGAUACAAAUUAUAAACCUCCUCCAGAGAAGACAAUAGAAGAACUCCUGGAAGCAGAUAAAGAAGAUGAAAGUCUCAGAAAAUAUAAGGAAGCGCUUUUGGGAGAAGCGAAGGAAGGCAAAAUUAUUGUUGAUCCGGAUGACCCUAGAAAAGUAAUCGUGAAAAAGCUUGUUUUGUGUGUAACUGACAGGCCGGAUGUUGAACUUGAUUUAACUGGAGAUCUCACACAGCUAAAAAAACAGGUCUUUGUGAUCAAAGAGGGUGUAUCAUACAGAAUACGUAUAGAGUUUAUUGUACAGAGAGAAAUUGUACAUGGGCUGAAAUAUGUUCAGAAAACAUACAGACUUGGUGUUCCUGUGGACAAGAUGACGCAUAUGGUAGGCAGCUAUCCCCCGAAGACUGAAGUGCAGUCAUACACGACACCACCUGAAGAUGCGCCAUCUGGGAUGGUGGCACGCGGAAGCUAUAUUGUACACUCACUUUUUACUGAUGAUGAUAAGCAUGAGCAUUUGAAGUGGGAGUGGAGUUUUGAAAUAAAGAAAGACUGGAAGGACUGAAUACCACUUUUGCAGACUGUGCGUGAUUGCCGAGAAAAACCAGCUGUUGGUGCUGUUAGUUGCCUUGCCCUGUCCUGACAUUAUCCUAACCUUUCUGCUGGGGAAAAAAAUCUGGUACACUCCUUUUAUAUUCCUGUCAUAUAGACCAUGCUCCUGUGUCCCUAUUAUUUAUAUUUUCACCCUGUAUAGUGAAGUCACUUGUAGUGGUUCUCCAGAUUGUUUUGGAGGACCAUACCACUAGUGCAUUCUAAUUUUAUCUUCCAUGAUGCAAAUUGCUUACAACACUGGUUGGAAAAUAUGUUGUUCAGGUCAGGAAAAUUGCCUUCCACAACUCUUCAGUUUGUAUUAUACUUGAUUUGUAUUAAUUUUGUCACUGUCAAUUAGUGAUGUAAUACCUAACAAUGGUACUUACCAACAGAAUUGUAAAUGUAUUUUCCUCAUAAAAAGUAUUAGUUUAGGUGGCAUUUUUAGGUUGGUUUUAUAGUGUCAGUACUUCAUAGUUCAUUUCUUUUUGUAAUACUGUUUUGUAAUUUACUGUUUCUGUUCUCACAUUGCUUCCAUUUCCAUGGCGAAGCUGUUGUGAUUGUGUUUCCUGAUACAGUUUUGUAGUUUUUAUACUUGCAAUAUAUAUAGAUAAGAGAUCCUGUAAUGAGUUUCAUCACAUUUCUCUGGCAUUAUGUGCAUUCUAGAGGAUAAAAAUGUCAAUACUUAUUCUUACAUAAUGAAUUCACCUGAGUGUUCAUGUGUCAAUAGCAUAUCUGUGCAGUAUUAUUGCGCAGUUGUCAUUUGUUCCCAAUGAUAUCUGAGACUCAUAUUCUUUUCUGAUGAUGACAGUAUCUGCACAUUAUUCAAAAUUAUAAAUCAAAUUUGCAUUUAAUGUGUAAAUUGUAUGUAACUGAACAAAUUUAAUUCCUCUGAACUUUGACAUUUGAGGAGACUAUAAAUCAAUAGUAAAUAGAUAUUAGUUUUGGAUGUAUUGGAAUUGAGGAGCAUGUUUCCCAGAAACAGGUAUUGUUUUUUAUAAUACUUUAGAAACCAAAGUGCAAUCAUAAUUUUAGUAUGAAUUGAGACCAAGAUAAACAUAGCCUUGGAUGUGCAGGUUGCAUGUGUCAUAAGUUGGGAUGAAUUGGAGUUGGAGCUGGCUGUGUACUGGUGGAAUGUUGAGUAGGUUUUCUGGUGCAUGUUUGGAGACAUAUGCUACUUAUUCAUGUACCAUGAGGGCCUGCUACACCUCGUUGUGAAACUGGAGUCAUAGUAUUUUGGUGGAAAUUUUUUUAUUGACAUAGUCUGUAGUUUAGGUGAACCUAUUUAGACAGUAUUGAAACUUUUUGAUAUUGUCCACAUGCCUCGAUGCAAAGUAGCCUUUAUGUAAAGAGUGUAGUUUCUUAAAAAUGUGUGAUGUGAAGAAAUAUUUACUUAAACUGUGCUACAGCUUAUACACAUAUAUAUAUAUAUUAUAUAUACAUUAUAAACAUUAAGCUUUUGUUUCACUUCAAGGAGAUGGAAAUUAAAGCGUCUUAGGUAUGAUGGUGGAGCUUUCAUUAUUUAUUAAUGCAUCUGCUAUUAUAAGAACAGUUUUGGAAGUUUUGCCAUUGUGUUAAGGAUGUGUGUUUCUUGAUUAAGUGGAGAUGUAACAAAAUGUGAUUAAAUGGAGAUGUAUAAGUGUAAUCAAGUGUUUGCUGUUGCCUUGGAAAUACAUUUAUGUAAUGCACUGUU